GGUGACGGUGAAGAUGGCAGUCGCUUCCAUGUCGGGCGGUGUUGGCCGGAGCAAUUGCUGCUCGAGUCUGACCAUGGAGCUUUUGGAGGGGCUGACGGAGAUCGCCGAGUUGCAAGAGGCCUACAGCAAACUGUGCAGCGAGGAGAAGGAGGUUGAAGCAGAGCUCGAGGCUCUCAUUGGGCAGCAGAGCAGUCUGGACAGUAAGAUGGUGGCUCUCCACCGCAUGGGUCCGAACUUGCAGCUGAUCGAGGGGGAUGCCAAACAGCUUGCGGGGAUGAUCACGUUUACGUGCAAUUUGGCUGAAAAUGUCAGCAGCAAGGUUCGGCAGCUUGACCUGGCCAAGAACCGGAUUUAUCAGGCCAUUCAGCGAGCAGAUGACAUCCUGGAUCUGAAAUUUUGCACUGAUGGAGUACAGACAGCUCUGCACAAUGAGGACUAUGAGCAGGCAGCAGCACACAUCCAUCGCUACCUAUCACUCGACAAAUCUGUAAUUGAACUCAGCAGACAGGGCAAGGAAGCCAAUAUCAUUGAUGCAAACCUAAACCUUUUGCAAGAGGCAGAGCAGCGGUUAAGAGUAAUUGUUGCUGAAAAGUUUGACAUAGCCAUCACAGAAGGUGACCUGCCACAGGUGGAGCGCUUCUUCAAGAUCUUUCCAUUGUUGGGAUUACAUGAAGAAGGGCUGAGCAAGUUUUCUGAGUACCUCUGUAAGCAGAUUGCAAACAAAGCUGAAGAAAACCUUCACCUGGCACUGAGCACUGAAAUGAGUGAUCGCAGGGCGGCUGUUACCUUUGCUGACACCCUCACGCUGCUCUUUGAAGGGAUCGCUCGUAUAGUGGAGACUCAUCAACCCAUCGUUGAAACGUACUAUGGGCCUGGGCGGUUGUACACACUUAUUAAGUACCUACAGGUGGAGUGUGAUCAACAAGCUGAAAAAGUAGUGGAUAAGUUCAUUCAGCAGAGAGAUUACCACAGAAAGUUCCAACGAGUGCAGAACAGUAUGAUGAGGAGCUUAACGAUGGAUAAGAUAGAGCCCAGAGAAUUGGACACUAUUUUAGCGGAGGUUACAUUGAUGAAUGCUCGCGCGGAGCUGUACCUGCGUUUCAUCAAGAGAAGGAUCACUGCUGAUUUUGAGGUUUGCGAUGCAGUAGCCUCUGAAGAAGUGAAGCAGGAGCAUCAGAAGGCACUGGAUAAGCUGAGUAACCUCUGUUUGCUGAGCCGGAAUAUGCAGGAGCUAAUUGGAUAUUACAUCACCAUGGAAGAGUACUUCAUGAGAGAGAUGGUCAACAAGGCUGUUGCGAUGGAUGUCUGUGAGAAGGGCCAGUUGACAUCCAGCAUGGUGGAUGACGUGUUUUUCAUUGUGAAGAAGUGCAUUGGUCGUGCUCUGGCGAGCUCAAACAUUGACUGCCUGUGUGCCAUGAUCAACCAUUCCACCACUGUACUGGAGUCAGAUUUCAGGGAGGUGCUUUAUAACAAGCUGCGGAUGGGAUUCCCUGCCACGACCUUUCAGGACAUACAACGUGGUGUAACCAGUGCUGUGAAUAUCAUGCAAUCCAGCCUGCAGCAGGGCAAAUUUGACACCAAGGGAAUUGAAAGCACAGAUGAAGCCAAGCAAUCCUUUUUGGUGACUCUGAAUAAUGUGGAAAUGUGCAGUGAAAAUCUUCUGACGUUGAAAAAGACCUUGGAGAGUGACUGUACAAAACUGUUCAGCCAAGGUCUGGGAGCAGAGCAGGCACAAGCAAAGAUUGACAGCUGCCUGUCGGACUUGGCUGCCAUAUCCAACAAAUUUAAGGAUCUCCUGCAGGAAGGUUUAGCAGAACUCAACACAACAGCUAUCAAGCCGCAGAUUAAGCCCUGGAUAACUGGGUUCCUCUCCAUCUCACACAACAUUGAGGAGGAGGAGUUUAAUGAUUAUGAAGCCAAUGACCCCUGGGUCCAACAAUUCAUUCUCAACCUGGAGCAACUAAUGACAGAAUUCAAGGUUGGAUUGUCCCAGGUGAUCUAUGAUAACCUCACCAGUCUGAUGACGAGCUUGAUUGCGAUUGAACUGGAGAAGGUGGUUCUCAAGUCGACAUUCAGCCGGCUUGGCGGGUUGCAGUUUGACAAGGAACUCCGAUCGCUUAUUGCGUACCUGACGUCAGUGAUCACGUGGACCAUUCGUGACAAGUUUGCUCGCCUCUCUCAGAUGGCAACUAUACUGAAUCUGGAAAGGGUCACUGAAAUUUUAGAUUACUGGGGACAGAACUCUGGGCCACUCACCUGGCGCCUUACGCCUGCAGAGGUGCGUCAGGUGCUCGCACUGCGGAAUGAUUUUCGUAGCGAGGACAUCAAGAGGCUUCGCUUGUAGCAUCUAUGCUUGGGCACUCUUCAGCGAAUCACUUGUUAUCAUUCCUCAUGGGCAGCAAGAUAUUGACUUAUGCAUCUUCAGGCAGUGGGGCCUUGUCUAGCAUUUGAAAACACUUCAUUGACAUGGUCUGCAGUGCAGUGGGAAUGACGUUCAUGCUUUUCUGCUGUUGUCCGCAAGGAUUGAUGUACAUUAAUUGACAGAUAAUCUGAACAUAUCCAGCAUCAGUGCUUCUGGGACAGGUUCGGAACCAUACAAUAUAUUCACAUCCUGCUCCUGGAAUAAAGGUUAUUACUUCAUUACACUUAGACUGUGCUGUAUAAGUUUAUAUUACAGAUUAUGAGGGGGAGGGAGGGAUAAAGCAUUUUAUAGCCAAUGAACCACUUGUGAAGUGCAACCAUUGUAUUGUAGGAAAUCUGUUGAAUUGUUCUGUGGAUCCCUUUCUUUCCUCAUUGGCUGUGGGAUUUGACUGUUUUAAUUUGCUGGAAAGUGAGACGAAGCAGCAGACUGUGAUGGGGUUAAUGCUAUCCAGCAAUAAUUAAAGUCCUUUAUCUUCCCUUGGGCCUACUGAUUUGCAUGCUCAGUUCUCUCUCUCUCUCCUGCGAGAUUGGCUCAAUUUGAAUGUGAAUCUACUGUUGGUUCAUUCUUGUUGCAACAAUACAUUUGGAAUGUUGCCAUUUUGAGUGUUCAUAAAAUCACCUCUCUGGUACAGCCAUCUCGAGAACAUCUCCAAAUUACUUCAUUCUUCCCAAAAAAUUCCUCAUAUUUACAAAAUUACAAUGAUCUUUACUGUGACCUUGGGGCUCUGGAGCAGGAACUUUUUGGUAUGGAGACAAACGAAAAGGGAAGAUCCAAGGUGUGGAGGUAUCCUAUGGAGCAAAUUGGUCAUGGUGAAGAGUUUAAGUUUUUCUCCUUUCCCUACACUUUCACGUCGGAGAAUUAGAUGGAGAUAUAUUGUGUUCAAGGUUUGUAAAUUGCCUAAAUUAGCUCAACUUUGGACCACAAAGAUCGACUUAGAUUUCUAUAGUGCCUUUUGUGACUUUAAGUUGCCCUAAAUACUUUACAACCAAUAAAAUACUUCAAAGUGCA